AUGGCCGAGGCGGCCCGAGACGAGCGCUUCCUGUACAUGAUCUCCUGCUUCAGGCCGCGGCUGAAGCAGUUCAUCCGGGUGCAGCCGGUGCUGGACCUGCUUCCCUCGCUGAGCGCGGAGGAGAGGGAGAAGGUGCGGGCGGCCGCCCUGCAGCGGGGCGAGGGGGCGGGGGCGGGGGAGCUGCUCUGCUACGUGAACCCCAGCCUCAGCCAGCUGCCCUCGCCGGCCGAGGAGGCUGACAACGACCUUUGCGUGCACUUGGUGCAGCUGCUCCACAGCACGCUGGUGGAUAGGAUGCAGACCAUGCAGGUUGCCGAGAAGUGUCUGCAGAUGGGCAUCUUCCAGGAGGAGGACCUGGAUCGGAUCCACACUGUUACUGACAACCGUGGCAACAGAGAUGGUGGAAGGGAGCUAUUAAGCAGAAUAGUGCAAAAGAAAGAUUGGUUCUCUCCUUUUCUGGUUGCUCUUCGUGAAACUCAGCAUGGAGGCCUUGCAGAUGAUUUAAGCGGAAACACAGGAGGAACAGAGAAUAGACAAAAUGGAAUGAAGAACAGUACAAAUGAAGAAACAGAAGUUACAAGCCAACAAGGAUAUGCCAUAGUGGAGGAUGUGAAACCACAUGAAAAUGUGAAUGAUAAUUUCAGUAGUGAGAACAGUGUAUUGGAAACAUCUAUGGGAAAGAAUUCUGUAGUUUCAGAGCCAGAUGUCUCCAUAGGAGAUGGAAGUGUCAGUAACUUCAGUGAAAUCCUGGGACAGAGCUGCACAACCAGUGAUUCGGAUGAAGAUGAAGUGGAGAGCAGAGCUUCACCUGAGCCAGAUCUGAUCCUGAGAGAUUACCAGAUGGAAGUUGCAAAGCCAGCACUGAAUGGGGAGAAUAUUAUAAUAUGUCUCCCUACAGGCAGUGGUAAAACCAGAGUGGCUGUUUACAUUACCAAAGAUCACUUGGAUAAGAAGAAAAGAGCAUCAGAGCCUGGAAAAGUUAUAGUACUUGUUAAUAAGGUACCAUUGGUAGAACAGCAUUUAAGAAAGGAGUUUAAUCCAUUCCUGAAGCGUUGGUAUCAGGUUAUUGGUUUAAGUGGUGAUUCUCAAUUGAAAAUCUCAUUUCCUGAAGUUGUCAGAAGAAACGAUGUCAUCAUCAGUACAGCACAGAUCCUUGAGAAUUCACUGUUAAAUGCAGCCAAAGAAGAUGAAGAAGGUGUCCACUUAUCAGAUUUUUCACUCAUCAUUAUUGAUGAGUGUCAUCACACUCAAAAGGAAGGUGUCUACAACAAUAUAAUGCGACGUUAUUUAAAAGAAAAGAAGAAGAAUGAAAAGCUAGCAAAAGAAAACAAACCACUGAUCCCACAGCCUCAGAUUCUGGGACUUACAGCUUCACCUGGUGUAGGAGGUGCAAAAACCAACUCAAAAGCAGAACAACAUAUUCUGAAAAUCUGUGCCAAUCUUGAUGCGCGUCGAAUCAUGACUGUUCAAGAGCAUGCCUCCCAACUAAAGAAUCAGGUGAAGGAACCAUAUAAGAAGACCGUGAUUGCAGAUGACAAAAGAAGGGAUCCAUUUAGAGAGAGAAUUACUGAGAUCAUGACAGAUAUUCAAAACUAUUGCCAGCUCCAUCCAAAAUCUGAACUUGGAACUCAGCCAUAUGAACAGUGGGUGAUUAGAGAAGAGAGAAAAGCUGCAAAAGAAGAAAAACGUAAGGAACGUGUCUGUGCAGAACACUUGAAGAAAUACAAUGAUGCUCUCCAGAUAAAUGACACCAUCCGAAUGGUAGAUGCAUACAAUCACUUAAAUAGCUUCUAUAAGGAGGAGAAAAGAAAGAAGACAGUAAGGAGUGAUGAUGACGAUGAACCAGCGGUAUCAAAACAGGAUGAAACAGAUGAAUUUCUAAUAGGUUUAUUUCAUG